CCGCGCCAUAGGAGCGCGCGCCGGCCGCGGGGCGGGGCCCCUCGAGUGCCGUAACCCGCGCCGGGGGCUCCGGCCGCCACUCUCGCCCCGAGAGCCACUAGAGGCUGAGCCGUCGAGUGGCGUCGAGUGUCGGCCGGUCGGAUGUCCGCGGAGGGCGGCGACUACUCGCCGUGUCCGGCGGAGGCGCUGCCGGAACUGAGCGCUGCCGAGCUGGCGAUGAGCCUGUCGCCCAAGUCGGCGCUGCUGCAGCAGAACCUGUCCCAGCUGCAGCUCCAGCACUCCACCCCGUUCUCCGUCACGGAUAUCCUGUCUCCGAUAGAGGAGUACCGCAAGCUGGAGUUGGCGAACAAUCCGCCGUCGCCGUACAGAUCGAAUUCAUCAGGCAGCAGUAUUAAUUCCCCACUGGGGCCAUCGUGCGGCAUGGCGGCGAACCCGUACGCCGUGCCGCUGUACGGCGGAGCCCCGGUGCAGGGCUACGGCUGCGCCCCGGCAGACUUGCCGCACUACGGAGACAUGCGGGGCGCCGGCUGGUACCCCGCGUCUAACGACCCCAGGUUUGCCAUUUCCAGGCUGAUGACGUCGACGUCUGGCGGCAUGGGGCACGUCAACAACAUGGGCGGGCUGGCGGCGUGCGCGGGCCCCGACUCCAAGCCCAUGCAGUUCCCGCUGGCGCAGCGCAGGAAGCGGAGGGUGCUGUUCACACAGGCACAGGUGUACGAGUUGGAGAGGCGGUUCAAACAGCAGAAGUAUUUGUCGGCGCCGGAGAGAGAACACCUCGCGUCUCUCAUACACUUAACCCCUACACAGGUCAAAAUAUGGUUUCAGAACCAUCGCUAUAAAUGUAAGAGACAAGCUAAGGAGAAGGCGAUGGCCGAGCAGAACCAACACAAUCAGUCGUCAUCAUCACCGCGGCGGGUGGCAGUCCCGGUGCUGGUGAAGGACGGCAAGCCCUGCGGCUCGGGCGAGUCGUCGUCGCCGGCGCACAGCCACUGCGCCACGCCCACGUCGGGCUACUCGGCGGCGCAGGGCUCGCAGGCGGCGUGCAGCAACCCGCUGGUGUCGUCGUACCGGCAGCCCGCCGCCUACCAGCAGCAGUGCUCCGGCUACCUGCCGCUGCAGGGCCGCGCCUGGUAGAAGUUCCCGCAGCUUUACCACGAGACAAUGUUCAAGGAAGAGAUGUAUUUCGAUUAAUUCGACUGAACGCUGUGGUUUGUUUUACAUUGGUGUUUUUGUUAAUUACGAUUUUGUGUCGUGAUCAAGUUUAUGGAUCAAACUAUAAGUAUAGGCUUUUGUCUAAAAUGUAAACGAGUCCCGUUCUCGUUAAAAUGUUAAUUUAUUGUUUGGUUCGUUUAUACUCCUUUGCAGAAAUAAUCUCUAUAUAACGAUAUUUUGUAAGUGAAAAUUUGUCGUUUACAUAUUUUUAUUUUGAAUUUGAUAUAUUUCAAAUAUAACUUAAGUACCUAACUAACUGUGUAUAAUUUCGUAAUGAAGUCGUUCGGCUAGUUUGUCUUGCCAUAAGCUUAUGAAACCACAAGCCUCCUCUAAGAACAUUGUCUCCGGUGAAGUCGCUGGCUGCAGCUACUAACAUGGACUUGAUUAGAAAAAUAGUGAAUUCUCAGUGUUGAUGUAAAAUGUGGACAUAGUCGGUGAUCGCCGCAAACGGGAGGAGGGUAACGUGUAAAUACUUAGCUAUAGUCCUAGAUAAGCACACGUGAGGAUUUGAAUUGAUUCCUUGUGAUAUUUUUUUUACUGACUAUCGAACCUGAAUUUAAAAAUAUUUCUACAUUUUCCAUAGAUGUGUAGAAACUUAUGUGUGUUUGCCUUUUUUGUAGGUAUGAGAUUCUAACUGUAGACACAAAUAUUUUUCUGUUCAGGAUUCCAAUGAGUGCCAAACUUCCAGCUCUUGAUAGACAGAUGUCUGUUUUAUGCGAUGAAGCACAAAGUUUUACUUGUAGUAGAUAUUAUGUAAUGAAUUGGAUGGAGCGUUUCACCACACAAACAGUUCAUUUGGAUCAACAGGAGCCAUUUCUUUCUCGGUUACUAUUAAAAUAAUAGAUAAAAGACUUGAUUUGAUGAAUAAAAACCUGCAAUAAUUAGUUCCCAGUAGUUUAUAUAGAUGGUGAAAGUCUCUAUGCCUGCGUAGGAACAUUACUGUAAAUAACUGAUAAAGUAGCAAAUUGUUGUGUGAAUAGAACAUAAUUUUAACGAGUCAGUGUUUGCGUGUGUAGAUAAUAAUGUAUAUAGUAUAGUAUGGACCGGUGCAGCACCGAGCCCGGCCCGGAUCAACACUCUUGUGCAAUCUAUAUUGGCUUGGACUUGGCUGAUUGAAUCAAAAUCUUUUAAUAUACAUUUAAUCAAA